CCCACUGAAGCCCAAAAUAAUGAUUUGGCUCUGAGAAGAUUAGUAGAGUAGCGCUGGAGAGAGUAGUCCCAAAUUUGGUUUGGAUCUCCGAGCUUCAGAUCGUUCUGCUCUAAUACAGCUUCUCUGUGCUGGAUUCUUCAUUUUGGUCGUUCAUGUUUGGUUUCUAAUCUUGACAUAACAAGAUGGUUGUUCUUGCUGCUUCCAUUGUAACCAAAUCUGGGAAAGUACUUGUCUCUAGGCAAUAUGUGGACAUGUCUCGCAUAAGAAUAGAAGGUCUUCUUGCUGCUUUCCCAAAGUUGAUAGGCACUGGAAAACAACAUACAUAUUUUGAGACAGAAAAUGUUCGCUAUGUUUACCAGCCUAUUGAAGCUUUGUACUUGCUACUUGUCACAAACAAACAGAGCAAUAUUCUGGAAGAUUUGGAGACACUGCGGCUGCUCUCAAAGCUUGUGCCGGAGUAUUCUAUGUCUCUAGAUGAAGAGGGCAUUUGCAGGACUGCUUUUGAGCUGAUUUUUGCUUUUGAUGAGGUCAUCUCUCUUGGACACAAGGAAAAUGUCACUGUUGCUCAGGUUAAACAGUACUGUGAAAUGGAGAGUCACGAAGAGAAGCUGCACAAACUCGUAAUGCAAAGCAAGAUUAACGAAACGAAAGAUGUCAUGAAACGUAAAGCUAGUGAGAUUGACAAGAGCAAGAUUGAAAAGAGAGGUGAUAAGGGAGGGUUUAUGUCAAUGGGCUCAGGAAGAAUAGAGAGCAGCUUUAGUGAGAUGAGCAUUUCCAAUACUGGAAGUGGUUUUGGUAGUGGUUCUGGUUUUGGAUUGAACACUGAGAUCGAUCUAUAUGCAAUGAAGCCUAAAGGCUCAGGUCGUCAACCUUCGGCUGCCAAUGCUCCUCCAAAAGGUCUUGGUAUGCAAUUAGGGAAAUCACAAAGGACUAACCAAUUCUUGGAGUCUUUGAAAGCAGAAGGGGAGGUUAUCCUUGAAGAUGUGCAGCCAAAAGCAGCAGGCCAAUCUAGAUCAUCUGCCCCUCCUCUAACUGAUCCUGUCACUUUGACUGUCGAGGAGAAACUAAAUGUAACACUGAAACGAGAUGGUGGUGUUAGUAACUUUGAUGUUCAGGGAACAUUGUCGCUGCAGAUACUAAAUGCAGAAGAUGGGCAAAUCCAAGUUCAGAUCGAAACUGGUGGAAAUCCUGGCAUUCUUUUCAAGACACACCCUAAUAUGAACAAGGAGUUGUUUGCCAAUGAAAAUAUUCUAGGCUUGAAGGAUCCUAAUCGGCCUUUCCCUGCUGGUAACAGUGAUGCUGCGGGUGUUGGUCUUUUGAAGUGGCGGAUGCAGAGCACAGAUGAAUCAAUGGUGCCUUUAACAAUUAACUGCUGGCCCUCUGUUUCUGGUAAUGAAACAUAUGUUAGCAUUGAAUAUGAAGCUUCCUCAAUGUUUGAUCUGCGGAAUGUUGUGAUCUCUGUACCUCUUCCUGCUCUUCGUGAGGCUCCAAAUGUCAGACAAGUUGAUGGUGAAUGGAGGUUUGACCCAAGGAAUUCUGUGUUGGAGUGGUCCAUUCUACUUAUUGACAACUCGAACCGAAGUGGAUCGAUGGAGUUUGUUGUUCCCCCAGCAGACUCAUCUGUAUUUUUCCCUAUUUCUGUGAACUUCUCUGCUACUAAUACUUUUAGUGAAUUGAAGGUUGUGAACGUCUUGCCCCAGAAAGGUGGAGCCCCACCCAAGUUCGGCCAAAGAACGCAGUUGUUGACAGAGAAUUACCAAGUUGUCUAAUUUGCAAAUUUUGGUAUUGAUUAAAUCACUUAUUCUGCAGUUGUGGCCGUGACCUUUCAUGAACUUUUGUUGAGGCUAAUGAUUUUAUUAUUUUGUUUUUAGAAUGUGGGAACUUUCGGAUGCCUAUAAGAAAUACUCUAGUAAUCCUUUGAGCUGUAUUUCUCUUUCAUUGAGUCAUAAGAAAAGAAAAUGUGCUUGUUGUUUUA